UGUUUGUUCAUGUAGAUAACCUUCAUGUAUGACCCUGCAAGCAAGCUUGUGAAAGUCUGCAGUGAUGAUGCAUCGAGCUCUACUUGUACCCGAUGUUCUUCCAGAGAUAUUUGGAUUCCUCCGAUCUGAAUUCUCCCGAUUUCCUGAUCGCAGAGCAUCUUCGAGAUGCUUUGCAGCACUUGCAACGACAUGCAAAGCCUUUCACGAGUCUGCAAUGAAUGAGCUUUGGGCCGACAUAGUGGACCUGGAUCAACUACUAGGUUGUGUGACGAGGCUGCAUCCAAUAGUAUAUCAAAAGGUCAGUGUAUCCAUAGGUUCACAGAGCAUUUAACUUACUACCGCUGCUGGUCCUCUCAAGGCCUCGAACCAUUAU